AUGGAAGCUUUCCUUACUGGAUUCAAACAAAAGCCCCAAGAUAGCAAACGACGCAUAAAAAGUCAAAAACACAUCCCUUGGGUUGAAAAAUAUCGACCAAAAACAAUAGAUGAAGUAGCUUAUCAAACAGAAGUUGUUAGCGUUCUUCAAAGGUGUAUUGAAGGAUCUGAUUUGCCAAAUUUACUGUUUUAUGGACCACCAGGAACUGGAAAAACGUCUUUGAUUUUGGCUUUAGCUCGUCAACUUUUUGGCCCUUUGUAUUCAGAACGUGUUUUAGAAUUGAAUGCGAGCGAUGAACGUGGGAUCAGUGUUAUUCGAGAAAAAGUGAAGGCUUUUGCUCACAUCGCUGUUAGUAGUAGUACUAAUAGCUCUGGUUCAAGUUCAACUAAUAUACCACCAUAUAAAUUAAUAAUCUUAGAUGAAGCUGAUUCUAUGACAGCACCUGCACAAGCUGCUCUACGUCGUACAAUGGAGACUGAAAUGAGAACUACACGAUUUUGUUUAACUUGUAAUUAUGUUACACGAAUUAUUGAACCAAUCACAAGUCGAUGUGCAAAGUUUAGAUUUCGUCCAUUGGAUAAUGAAAUUGCUCGUGCUCGUUUACGUCACAUUGCCGAUGCAGAAAAUUUAUCCAUUACUAAUGAGACAUUGGAUCAUUUACUGUCACUUUGUCAUGGUGAUUUACGGCAAGGUAUCACAAUGUUACAAUGUGUUCAUCAGUUAAUUAUAUCCGUUGAUGAUUCCGAUGUCGAUUGUCGUUCUUCGAUUACCUCAAAAGAAUUAGAUGAGGCUGCAGCUGUUGUUCCGAGUGAUAUAAUUAAAAAUCUUAUUAAAACAUCAGAAAAUGGUAGUUUCGAUGAUUUACAAAUCAUUAUCAAAAAUUUAUUAUUGGAAGGUUAUUCAGCACAUCAGACCACUUAUCAACUGCACGAACAUAUAAUCAAUGACGAUAAACUAUCCUGUAUUCAAAAGGCAUCUAUUUUGGAAUCUCUUGCUGUUGCUGAUUCUCGAUUAAUUGAUGGAGCUGAUGAAUAUUUACAACUUCUAGCCGUCGGAGGGACUCUACUUAAAACUAUCCAAUCAAAUUAAAAGAUGUAU